CCGCACCAUGCACGUGAACGGCAAAGUGGCGCUGGUGACCGGCGCGGCUCAGGGCAUCGGCCGAGCGGUGGCCGAGGCGCUGCUGCACAAGGGCGCCAAGGUAGCGCUGGUGGACUGGAAUUAUGAAGUGGGCAUGCAGUGUAAAGCUGCCCUGGAUGAGCAGUUUGAGCCUCAGAAGACUCUGUUCAUCCAUUGCAAUGUGGCCAACCAGGAACAACUGAGAGAUACUUUCAGAAAAGUUGUGGACUACUUUGGAAAACUGGACAUUUUGGUCAAUAACGCCGGAGUAAAUAAUGAGAAAAACUGGGAGCAAACGCUGCAGAUUAAUUUGGUUUCUGUCAUCAGUGGAACUUACCUUGGGCUGGAUUAUAUGAGUAAGAAAAACGGAGGUGAGGGCGGCAUCGUUAUCAAUAUGUCAUCUUUGGCAGGACUCAUGCCGGUUGCUCAACAGCCUGUCUAUUGUGCUUCAAAGCAUGGCAUAAUUGGAUUCACACGCUCAGCAGCGAUGGCUGCUAAUCUGAUGAACAGUGGUGUGAGAAUGAAUGCCAUAUGCCCAGGCUUUGUCAAUACACCCAUCCUGGAAUCCAUUGAAAAAGAAGAAAACAUGGGACGAUAUAUAGAAUAUAAGGACCACAUCAAGGAGCUGAUGAAAUACUAUGGGAUUUUGGACCCAUCGAUGAUUGCCAAUGGAUUAAUAAUACUCAUUGAAGAUGAUGCUUUAAAUGGCGCUAUUAUGAAGAUCACAACUUCUAAGGGAAUUCAUUUUCAAGAGUAUGAUGCAACUCCAUUGAAUGUAAAAGCUCAGUGAACAUCUUAUGUAUCAGCCAUAACUGAAAAUAAGCACAAGUAACAUGUUCAGGCCAUAUCUUCAUUUGAAUCUAGCUUUUAUAAUGAAAUGUUAUUGUAUGACACUUUAUGCAUUUGAUGUUAAUUUUUGUCUACCUGAUUUCUCAAGUAUAUGGAUAAGAAAAUUAGGAACUGUCAAAAAUAGGAUGUGGACCAAAGCUAGAUUUUGAUCCUUAUAGUCUAAGUAAUGAUCAAAACAAAGGAUAUUCAAGGAAUAUUCUGCUUUUCAAAAAAUGUAUUUAAAUUUGUGGUUCAUAAAUAUUAAUGUUUUUCAGAACAGCAUGUCAAAGGAGAUACUUGAAUUGUUAUUUAAAUCAAACCAGAUGUAAAAGAAACCUCAUUUUGUUUCGAUAUUAGCGUUUUAAAAGAGCGAGGCUACCUUCAAUGGCAAAUCUUUAGUAACAAUAACUUUUACUUAUUACUUAUAUACCAUCUUUCAACUGAACAUUUCAGCUCUUUAAAGCUGUGGCAUAUUUGGGGGCAGUAGUUAUGGAAUAAAUCACAGUGUGCAUACAUCCUAAAUGAAAAAUCAGAUGUAUGGAAAGAAGACAGAAUGUAACUGGCUCAGCGGUUGAUCCACAGUUCAGCUUCCCAUCUGGGAAAAAUAUUUCUUUACUUUUUCUUUACUUUAAGAACUUUGAGUCCCCAAAAUCUCAGGAAUGAAAUUUUUCAUAGUUACAGAAAAAAAGGGUAGUUAGUGUUCCUAAAAUGUUAUAUUUAAGAAAAGUUCAUUAGGAAAAAAAUACAAAUGUAAUUUUUUCCAGAUUACUUCUUUGUUUAUUUGUACCAAUUUAAAAAGUGCCUACCUUUCAAUGAAACCUUUCUUCCCUAAUCUCCAGAAGUUACUUAGUGUUCUAUGUAUAGCUAUGAAGAAGAAACUAAUUUUGUCGAAGCCUCACUAUAAAUAUUUUCAUAUGCUCAAAGCCAUAAUCCCAAAAGGUAAAAAUAGCUGUGAUGUUUUUCUGUUUUCCCUGUCAGGACUUUUAAGAUAGGAUUAUUAAAUGCAGCUGCUUUGGGUAACCCUAUUUGAAAGCAAUCAUUAAAGCUAAUAAUAGUGAAAGCACAAGAUUUCUAAUUCAAUCAUUUCCUCUUAUAACUUAGACAAAAUACAAAAUAGAAAUAUUGUAUAAGUGAUUCACUCUGUCUGCUAACUCCAGAGCUCUAGUUUGGAACAAAAUUUAUCCAUGUGAGCUUAAUAAAUAUUUCCUAGAGAUACUGGAAUGUUGCCAUAUCUUGCUCUGUUUUAAUUCUGCCAUAGAGAACAAAUUGUCUAGAUCUUCAUAUAAUGUAUUUUAGAAAACACCAAGAAAUGAACAUCAGCAAACAUCUAAUAGAGAUAAAUUGUAUAACUAGGCACAAACUUGUUCAUACGUUGUGGCAGUAGCCAAUCACUGAUGUGGGUACUAUAUGUGAUGUGUCACAUAUUGUAUGUAUUUUUCUACUGUAAUGUUUAAAGCUGUAGCUUAAACUUUUCAUUUAUGGAUAAUUCUUUGUAUUAGCAACCUUCCGUAUUCUUUGUACUUUGAUUUUUAAUUUUUUUCAAAUCAAUAAACUAUGCAGACAUUUACAACUGAGUAGAACUAAAAAA